AUGUCAAACCCAGGAGCUGACAGCGCGAUGGAUGGAGAGAGGAAAAUGCCUGCCUUCGAUGGGAGAGAAGAAGGCUCGGCAGACCAAAGCGAAGGGAAAGUUGGACGGCCGCAAGAAAUCGUCUGGAGGAACGUCGUCCUGAUGGCCCUGCUCCACGCCUCCGCCGUGUAUUCCCUGGUCCUCAUACCCAGGAGCCACAUCUUCACCCUCAUCUGGGCUUACUUAUGCUUCAUAGUGACCGCCCUGGGAGUGACAGCGGGGGCCCACCGCCUGUGGAGUCACAGAUCCUACAAAGCCAAGCUGCCUUUACGGAUAUUCCUGGCUGCGGCCAACUCUAUGGCCUUUCAGAAUGAUAUUUUCGAAUGGUGCCGAGACCAUCGAGUGCACCACAAGUACUCAGAGACGGAUGCUGACCCACACAAUGCCACACGCGGAUUCUUCUUCGCCCAUAUCGGCUGGCUCUUUGUCCGAAAGCACCGAGACGUCAUAGAAAAAGGGGGGAAAUUGGACUUCAGCGACCUGCUGGAAGACUCUGUUGUUCGGUUUCAAAGGAAGUACUAUAAGAGUUCAGUAGUGCUGAUGUGUUUUGUCGUUCCUACUCUUGUGCCUUGGUACUUCUGGGGGGAGACCUUGUGGAAUUCCUACUUUCUUGCUUCGAUCCUCCGUUACACCAUCUCACUCAAUGUCAGUUGGCUGGUGAACAGUGCAGCUCACAUGUAUGGCACUCGGCCAUAUGAUAAGACCAUCAACCCUAGACAGAAUGCAUUCGUCACUGUAGGGGCCAUUGGGGAAGGUUUUCACAAUUACCACCACACCUUUCCGUUUGAUUAUUCAGCGAGUGAGUUGGGCUUGAAAUUCAACCCGACCACAUGGUUCAUUGACUUCAUGUAUUGGCUGGGUCUGGUCACCGAGCGAAAGCAGGCUCCCAAGGAGAUGAUCCAAGCCCGCAAAGAGAGGACUGGAGAUGGCAGUUCUUGA